AUGACUUCCUCAGUAGCUGGACCUAAAUAUCGCCCAGCCAGAAUUCAAACUCUUACUGCUGAUCAAGAAAUUGUUCUUAAACAAGUAUGGGCAUAUUUUUUCAAAUACUUUGGGUAUCCCCUCGACAUAGACAAAUCAGACCUACCUUUCAAGGAAUGUUUUAUUGCUUCUACCUCCACCCAGCAUUUUGAUGAGUCCCAUACCUUGCAUCCUUUGAUCUACGUUCCUACCAGAACUGCAGCUUCAAUAACAUCAAGGAAGACUACCGGAUCUACUAGGUCGAGAAGAAGUAUGUUUAGUGGGAGACGGCGUAGGAAAUCAGAAUCUUUCUCUGUAGAGGGAGUAAAACCCCCUCGUUCUCGCCUUCCUCAUAAUUCUAAAAGAAUGGUACAGAUUCAAACGCAGUCUUCAUUUGAACGAUAUGUCCCUGUUGAUGUGGCAAGUGACGAAUUCUAUUAUACUUAUGCCCAUCAUUAUAAGCGUGCUUUUGAAUAUAGCGACGACUACAAAAAUCUUGUUGAUGCAGAUGGACAGUAUAUAGGAUCCGUGGAAGAGGAAACGCUGAGUCAGGUAGAUGAGUUGGAAGAAGAUGGCGAUAUGGCAGGCUCUGUGUAUUCCCUUGAGACGUUUGUCACGGCUGCUAGUUCGUUUACGGAUGAAAUGCCAGUUCAUAAACCAAAGAAGAAUCCUUCUAUAAAGGCUCCAAAAAGGGCGGUAUACAACUUGUAUAAUGGUGGUAGAAUUAAACCACCUGGUAAAUUCCCCCAUCCGAGCUUUAUAACCAUGAAAAUAAACAACAAGAUUACAGUACAGCCAGUUGACCAGUUUAAACGUACCAUGAAUAUGCACCACACAGUUCGCCACGAUCGCUCUUUGCUUUCAUGCUUUCGCCGAUAUGAGAUACAGCUGAUCCAUACUGCUUUGAAUACCUUGUUGAGGCAUGAUUUGCUUGAUAAUUUUGUUCUUCGCUUUAUUCGAGCCAGAAAAUGGGAUACUGAGAAGGCAAUUGCUAUGCUUACAAAGACGCUUGAUUGGAGAAUCAAUGAAUUCCCGGCAGAUAAUUGGGUUAUGGAAGGCGAUGCCCCUUCUUACUUAAAAGGUAUCAACCAAGGGUUUGUAAAGAAUUUCACCAAAGAAAAGUCUUGGAUUAAGGGAAGGGACAAGAAUAAUAAUCCAAUUUUCACUUUCCAAGCUAGAAAACAUUUAACUACUGAUGCUUCAGUUAAACAAAACCAACGGUAUGCUGUUGUUAUGAUUGAAUGGGCUAGAUUAAUUCUUAAAGACGUGAGUGAAUCAGUUGAUACGUUUACUAUUCUCUUUGAUUUAACCGGAUUUUCAUUGAAGAAUGCUGAUUAUUCAACAAUUAAAUUCCUUGCUGAUUGUCUUGAGGCACACUAUCCUGAAACAUUAGGUUUUAUUCUUAUCCAUAAUGCCCCCUGGAUUUUUGCAAGUGUGUGGAAUAUUAUCAAACAUUGGAUUGACCCUUUAGUGGCAGAGAAGAUCCACUUUACUAAAGAUCUUAAUGAACUUACACGAUUCAUUGAUAUAAAGGCAAUUCCAGAUUAUUUGGGUGGUCAAGAUCCUACUAGAGGCCGCUAUCCUAUUCCAACUGCCAGAGAUGCAUUUCCUCCCAAGCGGAAGGAUGCAGAGUACAUUCGAUUAAUGAAGGAAAGAGAUCAAUUAUACUGUAGAUUCUAUGAAACUACCAAGAAAUGGAUUGAAUCGACCAAUCCUGCCAUUUCUGAGUUAUAUUUAAAAGAUAAGUUAGCUUUGGAUAUUGAGUUGGCCAAAAACUAUGUUUUGUUGGAUCCGUAUAUUAGAAAUCCGGGUCUUUACGAUCGUGAUGGAACUUUAACCAUGAGUAUUUGA